GUAAACUGAGAAAAAAUUGGAAGUGCGACAAGAAUUAUUAAUCUCAGUAACUCUUAAAAUCGAAAGGCUUUGGCCCCCUGAUGAUUUGGGUGGGUGUGGUCUCCUCUGUCACCCCUCAUCCUGAGUGAAGUCCCCUCUGUUCCCCCAAACACACACUCAUUCAAACCACGGCGAUGACACACCAUUCCAACAACUCUGUUCGAGACCAUAUGAAAUGGGCUGGGUUGCUAGGCUGUGAGGCAGUGCUGUCCAGCAUGGCACUGAUGCAGGCCAACAGUAUUCCAGGCCAGAAGAAGAUGAUGUCCCCACUUGGCCAGGGGCAGAGGGACAGCUCUGAGGGCCACCAGUCCCAGCACAGCCACAGCCAUGGACACCAGGGUCAUCAUGGCCAUCAGUCCCACCAUAGCCACAUGGGCCACCCCUCAGCUGGGAGCUGUCCACCUUUGUUAAUCCGAAAAGAUGGGGAUUACCACUCCUCAAGACUGAUGGAUGAGAAGGAGAUACAGGCCAGCCAGAAUAUGCAACCCAAGAAAAAGCACAAAAAAUCAGGGACAGCAAACAAAAUUAAAGAGAAAGUGGAGCCUGUAAUUCCACCAAUGGAUAUGGAUGAUGACAACUCGCUGAAAGUCCAAAAGAAUUUUAUCUGUGACCACUGCUAUGGAGCAUUCCGGAGUAGCUACCACCUCAAGAGACAUAUACUUACUCAUACAGGGGAAAAGCCCUUUGCUUGUGAUGCGUGUGACAUGCGGUUUAUUCAGCGCUACCACCUGGAUAGACACAAGAGGGUCCACAGUGGAGAGAAGCCGUACCAGUGUGAUCGCUGCCAUCAGAACUUCUCACGGACAGACAGGUUGCUGAGGCACCGUCGGCUGUGUUCAGUAGGGAUCAACAAGGAGGAGAACCAGACAUGUUGUGACAGUCGAGCGUCAGGGUACUCUCAGGAUACCCCUGCCCACACAGCGUCCUGGAGCCCGUUACAGCCCUCCAACAAUCGCCUGACUGUCUGACCCUCCCCUAGCGCUCCACAGAGCAAUUCUGUGGAAGAUGGAGGUCCGCAGCUCAGUAAUACCACACACUGGAGCUCAACAGUACUGCAGCCUCACAACAGUCUGGCAAAAGACAACCCCAUAGUUUGCUCUGGCCAGCUCUUGUUCUUGCCAAGGCAGGGUAGUAGAU